AUGGAAAACUUCGGAGUGAAGAGCAGACGAGGUGGAAAAAGAGAAGCUGUAAAUGUGGAGAUCAAGCACUGCUCCCCUUCCUCCCCCUCCCAUCUGCCGUCCGCCUGGCGAGGCUUUGGGAGGAAGCUGACGUUGCUGCUGCCGUAUGUCUGGCCCAAAGGCACUGCAGCACUGCAGGGACUCGUGCUGCUGUGUGUGGGCCUGCUGGCGGCGGAGCGUCUGGUUAAUGUGCUGGUGCCUGUUUACUCCAAGAACAUCGAUUCCCAGCACUUGUAUAAAAUGUUGCGUUUGUUUUCUCACUUGCACAACCUGUCUCUUCGCUGGCACCUGGACAGACGCACCGGGGACAUGCUGCGGAGCGUCGACCGAGGAACCUCCUCCAUCAACAACCUGCUGAGCUACAUCCUGUUCAGCAUCUUCCCGACCAUCUGUGAUAUCAUAAUCGCCAUCGUCUACUUUGUCUCCUACUUCAAUGUCUGGUUUGGGCUCAUCGUAUUCACCUGCAUGGUUCUUUACCUCACCUUCACCAUCCUGAUCACAGAGUGGAGGACGAAAUACAGGAGAGAGAUGAACACUCAGGACAACGACGCCAAGUCCAGAGCCGUCGAAUCACUGCUCAACUUUGAGACGGUGAAAUAUUACAGCGCAGAGGAUUAAGAAGUUCGCUGCUUUGAGGAGGCCAUUCUCAAGUAUCAACAGUAUGAGUGGAAGAGCUCGGCAUCACUCGCUCUGCUGAAUCAAACCCAGAACAUCAUCAUAGGAUCAGGUCUGCUCGCUGGAUCACUGCUCUGCUCCCACCUGGUUUCUGAAGGACAGUUCCAGGUUGGAGAUUAUGUUCUGUUUGGGACCUACAUCAUUCAGCUGUACACCCCCCUCAACUGGUUUGGUACCUACUACAGGUUGAUUCAAAGUUCAUUUAUUGACAUGGAGAACAUGUUGGCGCUGCUGACAGAAAAGAAAGAGGUUCUGGAUGCAGAGGAUGCACAGGACUUGCAGCUCACAGCCGGUCAGGUGGAGUUCGACAGAGUCUGUUUCAACUAUGUACCUGGCAUGGAGGUUCUCAGACAUGUGACCUUCACGGUGGAGGCGAGGCAGACGGUCGCCCUGGUUGGUCCAUCUGGAUCAGGGAAAAGCUCCAUCCUACGUCUUUUGUUCCGAUUCUAUGACCCUCAGAGUGGCUGUAUCCGCAUUGACGGGCAGGACAUCUCCAAGGUGCACCUGUCUUCUCUAAGGUCGUUCAUUGGCGUGGUUCCCCAGGAUACGGUUCUGUUCAACGACACCAUCGGCAACAACAUCCGCUACAGCCGAAUUACAGCCACCGACCAAGAGGUGGAGGGAGCUGCCAUUGCUGCUGACAUACACAACAGAAUACUGGAGCUACCUCAGGGCUCUGACACAGAGGUGGGCGAGCGAGGGCUGAAGCUCAGUGGUGGGGAGAAGCAAAGAGUGGCGAUUGCUCGAACCAUCCUGAAGGAGCCUCAGAUCAUUCUGCUUGAUGAGUUGAGGGAUGGACGAAGACUCUGGCUGCAGAAGGCCACUUCUUCACUGGACACCCAAACUGAGAGGAACAUCCAGGCUUCACUGGCCAAGGUCUGCAUCACCAGGACAACUAUAGUAGUCGCACACAGGUUAUCCACCAUCGUCAGAGCAGACCAGAUCCUGAUGGUUCACAAUGGACACGUAGCAGAAAGAGGAAGACACGAGGAGCUGCUGCUCCAGGGAGGUCUGUAUGCAGCCAUGUGGAUGAAACAGCAGAAAACUCUCAUCGGACCAACAACAGAAACACACAUCAACAAUCAAGCUCAGGAAACUUGACGUAGACCUUGACUUUAAAACUUUUUGGAUUCUGAACUCAUCACGUACUUUUUUCAUAUCUAACAUAUUCUUGUGU